AUGGUUGAAAUGGAUGAUGUGAAUGUUGUAAUGUUUGAUUUGGAUCUUCAUGAUGAUGAUGAUGAUGAUGAACGAUCGCAUAGUACUGCUGCUACUGCUGCUAUUAGUGAAUCAGGAUGGUAUAUCCUCCUACCUAUCAAUAUUAUGGCUAAA